GAGAUCGUUUCGCGUUUCGCGUGUCCAAACCAAGUCCGAACUGUCACAGUCACAGUGUUUGCCUUCGCGGCGUUGAGUGGACGCUGUAACCUUCAAUAUUGUUACAGCCAUGGGGGCUCGUAGACGUCAACUUUUCAACAUUAUCUAUUUCUUAGUCAUAAUAGGAUGUGUGAACACUGAAGACGAAAAGUCUCCUUGGAAGUGGGAAUGUGAGAACAGCAGGUGUGUAAAGUCCCUUCAUGAUCCUGCGAGCAAGGAGCCUGCACUCAGUCUGGAGGCUUGCAAGAUGUUCUGCAAUGAAUAUGGUCUCCUGUGGCCGCGGCCCACCGGCGAGACAAAUCUAGGCAACUUUUUGUCUAAGAUCAACAUCAACAACAUUGACAUUCAGAUCCCGAAACGUGGCAGAUCUGAUUCCUUGUUGGAUGAAGCUGGACAAAGGUUUAGACAGAUCGUGUCUUUGGCGGUGCCUACUGGCAUGUCGGCGAAAGCGAGCGGCAAAGCGCUUACUAUUUUCAUUGUUAAUGAAAAUCCAGAUAUAAAAGAAUUUUCACUGGAAAUGGAUGAGAGUUACACUUUACGCAUCUCGUCAAUGUCUAGUGAGCGUGUAAAUGCUACUAUCACUGGCAACACUUUCUUCGGCGUGCGACACGGACUGGAAACUCUGUCACAACUUAUAGUCUACGAUGAUAUUCGUGAUCAUUUAUUGAUCGUAAGAGAUGUGUUCAUCUCAGACAAACCGACAUACCCUUACCGCGGGAUCUUGCUCGACACAGCGAGGAACUACAUCGACGUUGAUAUUAUCAAAUCUACCAUUGAUGCAUCUGCAACGGUGAAGCUGAACGCCUUCCAUUGGCACAUCACUGACAGCCAGAGCUUCCCGUUUGUGAUGGACAGUAGACCCAACCUCAGCAGGUUGGGAGCCUACAGCCCCAGUAAGGUGUAUACGAAGAAGAUAAUAAAAGAGAUAGUAGAGUACGGGCUGGUGCGCGGAGUUCGCGUCAUACCUGAGUUUGAUGCGCCUGCGCAUGUCGGCGAGGGCUGGCAGGACACAGAUCUCACUGUCUGCUUCAAGGCGGAACCCUGGUCCACGUAUUGUGUGGAGCCUCCCUGCGGCCAGCUCAACCCGACAAAGGAGGAACUCUAUGAAGUGCUGUAUGACAUUUACAAAGAAAUGGCAGAGGUGUUCAAGACUACGGACAUGUUCCACAUGGGCGGGGACGAGGUGAGCGAGCGCUGCUGGAACAGCUCGGCGCACAUCCGCAGCUUCAUGCUGCAGAACCGCUGGGACCUCGACAAGGCCAGCUACCUCAAGCUCUGGAACUACUUCCAGACCAAGGCGCAGGAUAAGGCUUACAAGGCAUUCGGCAGGAGGCUGCCUCUCGUGCUGUGGACCAGCACAUUGACUGACUACAGCCAUAUUGAGAACUUCCUGGACAAAGACGAUUACAUUAUACAGGUAUGGACUACAGGUUCAGACCCACAGAUCUCUAAUCUACUGAAAAAAGGCUACCGAUUGAUUCUGUCUAACUACGACGCUUUGUACUUUGAUUGCGGUUACGGCGCUUGGGUCGGUUCAGGUAACAACUGGUGUUCGCCUUACAUUGGCUGGCAGAAGGUGUACGAGAACCGGCCCAAGGACAUGGCCAGGGAGUACACACAUCUUAUACUCGGGGGGGAGGCGGCGUUGUGGACGGAGCAGGCGGACUCUGCCAGUGUUGAGGGUCGGCUGUGGCCGCGCGCCGCCGCGCUGGCGGAGCGCCUGUGGGCGGAGCCCGACACUGACUGGAGCCACGCCGAGCACAGGAUGCUGCAUUUGAGAGAGCGUUUAGUUCGCAUGGGAUACAAACCUGAAUCCCUCGAGCCCACGUGGUGCUAUCAGAACGAGGGAUAUUGCUACAAUUAGACUUUCCAUUGAGAUUAUGUAGCUUUCUAUUUUGUAGAACUACGCGACAGAGAUUAUUAUUUGAUAUAAAUUAUCG